AUGUGUAUUUGUCCAUCUAGAAAACCUGAACUUGAUCUUAUUGGAUUCUUAUGUCAAUAUUAAGAUGAAGGAUAAAAUAAAAAUAUUAAGCAAUUUAUGGUAAUUACAUAGAAUCCUUAGUAACUAAGAUAAUAAUAUACGAUUAACAAAAAUUACUUAAUAAAAAGAGGGAUAUUGAGUAUUGAUUAGUUGGCUAAUAAUUUAAAUGCUUAAAGAUAGAUAAUGUCUGAAGUUGAAGCUGAAUAAUUUUAAUUAGUCUAUAAUUAUAGAUAAAAAUAAAGUAAACAAUCAUUUUCUGAACUUCCAUAUGGAGAUAAUGGAUAUACAUUUCGAUUUGAAUAUUAAAAUAGAUUACAAUAAGGAAAAAAUGUUUUAGUGAUUGGAGAACAAAGAUCUGGAAAAUCAACUUUUAUUAAUGCAAUUGGAAAUUCACUUCUUAUUGAUUAUCCAGAUAAAUAUAGAUAUCAUAUUUCUGAAUAUGAUUUUAAUGGAAAUAUAUAAGAAUGUGAUUUAGAUUAUUAAAAUAUUUAAUUUAAAUUUUUAGAAGUACAAGGAUAUGGAUAAAAUGAAUAAGAGAAUUAUAAGAUUUUAUUAUAGACAUAUGAACAUCUUAAAAAUAAUAAUAUUUAAAUUCAUUGUAUAUUUAUUUGUAGAAGAUUUAGAAAUUAAGAUUUAAAUAAUUAAGAAAAACAAAUUAUUUUUCAUUUAGCUGAAUUAUUUGGAAGACAAUAUAUAAGAAAAUGUUUUUUAGUUAAUACUAGUUAUGAUUUAGGAAAUUAAAUUUAAGAUUAAUUAUAAAAAGGAUUAAAUAAAAUUAAUAAUAUUUAUGAUUAAAUGCCAAAUCCAAAAAUAUUAUUUAUAAAUUCAAUAACAACACCUUUUGAAGGAAAUGUAGGAAAUCAUAGAUUUGAAACUGUUAAAAAUGUUAGAGAUUCUAUGAAUUAAUUAAUUAAUAAUGAUAAUUAAACAAUUUAAAUUAUUAGUUAAGAUGCAUUUGAUUAAAGAAGAUAAAUUGAAAGAACAUAAAAUUAAAUUAAAAAUUAAAUUUAAAUACGUUUAAUGGAAUUAUUACCUUGUUUAGAAAAUUAUUUUUAAAUUGAAGAAGUUGAUGAAAAUGAUCAAUUAUUAUAUGCAAAUACGGUUUUUUGGAGUAUUUUAGAGAAUGGACAACGAAUUAAAGAAAAUAAAGAAUUAAAAUUUAUUUUAGAUGAAAUUAUUUUAUCUGAAAAU